ACAAUAAAUAUCGAUUGGAUGUGGACUUGGAUAUACGGUGAUAUCUACUUCCAAUAUAAAACCAUUUGACUUAAUUUACAGUGACAGAGACUAAAACGCGAUGCCCUCCGUGAAAACCCGUGAACUCAUUUGUAAAGUAUUUUUUGGGGUUAGUUUUGGGGUUAAAUGCGAAGACAUGUUUAUUUAUAUAUAUGUUUGAAAGCAAUUCGGCCUUUCGUCUUAUUUUGUCUGUAUGGGCAUUUCCCCCACUUCAGAUGUUAACUGACACUACACGGGUAAUGUUUUCCUUUCCUUUGUCCACUUUGCGUUAAUUUAGGCAUGCUCCCUUCCGCGCUGGUGGGCACCCAAAAGCUUGAGAAUCGUGUGUUCACUGUCUCAGCUGUUCCUAGCCGUAGUAGACCUACAUAGAUAAUACGCUUACACGACACGCGUGCCACCCUCCCAUUCUUUUAACCUCACCGCAAUGGGAGCUCUAUGGGAGCUCAUUAGUGAGCUAUCCUUACUCACCAAAAGAUGAUGUGUAGUAUUUUUUUUAACAAUUUUUUUUUUUUUUUUUUUUUGCUUCAAAUUCCGAUUUUGCUGGAGAGGAGUCGCGGGAAUACCUUUAUCCGCCUUUAAAGCACGAAGUUGUUGUGCAUGCCUAAAGAGUUGGAAAGUUUCUUCUCAAAAAAAUAUUUUUUUAUUUUUUUUUUACAAUUUUUUUUUUUUUUUUUUUUUUUGCUUCAAAUUCCGAUUUCGCUGGAGAGGAGUCGCGGGAAUACCUGUAUCCGCCUUUAAAGCACGAAGUUGUUGUGCAUGCCUAAAGAGUUAGAAAGUUUCUUCACGCUCCGCUAUGUGACGUCAGACUCUAAGUCAAUAGCAAGAGCAUGUUAGAUUGUAAUGAAACCGAAAGGCAAUACAAAUUUCAUAAAAUUGUUUAAUUCGCGAAUUUUUCUGUAUAAAAUCCGGAGUUCGGGAGUAUCAAUCCACUUCUGUAUUCUUGUUCAUACCGUCAUCUAAUCUUAUCAAAAAAAUUUGAAAAGUUCAUAUGAAGGUUUUGUAGUAAUUGAAAGAUAAACUCAACAAAUUUGUAUGUUCGUCCUUUUAAAUUCAUGAUUUUUUUUUUCUUCAUUAUAAAAAGAUAAUAUAUAUAUAUAUAGGCCUAUAUAUACCGGUAUAUAUCUUUAAGGCAUGCACAGGUAUGCAGUGUCAUGACACCAUAAACCAGGAGUAGCACGACACACCCGACACACUCAGAGAACCGCUUUCAGAAUGCAGCGGCAGGCCAAGUUCAAAACUUACGACAUGACGGUCGGCAUUCACAACGCCAAGUUGAAGGUGAUCGCCAGAAACGUGCUGAACAGCGACGUGCCCAUCCGCUACAAGAUCAGCCUGAGGGACGACAUACUGGCCAUGAAGGAGAAGGAAAGGCUCGGCUUCAACUUCAACAGGUGACGUCAUUUUUUGUUGGAGGGGUGGGGGGGAGAAGGGGGUGGGUGGAGGGCGAGGGAGGGUGAAGGUGCUGUGAGUGGAGUAUUGUAAAUCUACCCAUGGGUGGGAUAUUCUAGAUCUAUCCGUGAGUGGAAUAUUGUAAAUCUACCCGUGUGUGUGAUAUUCUAGAUCUAUUCGUGAGUGGAAUAUUGUAAAUCUACCCGUGUGUGUGAUAUUCUAGAUCUAUCCGUGAGUUUGAUACUGUAAACCUACCCGUGUGUGUGAUAUUCUAGAUCUAUCCGUGAUUGGAAUAUUGUAAACCUACCCGUGUGUGUGAUAUUCUAGAUCUAUCCGUGAGUGGAAUAUUGUAAACCUACCCGUGUGUGUGAUAUUCUAGAUCUAUCCGUGAGUGGAAUAUUGUAAAUCUAUCCGUGUGUGUGAUAUUCUAGAUCUAUCCAUGACUGUGAUAUUGUAAAUAUACCCGUUGGUGGGAUCUAGUAAAUCUACCUGUGAACUAAUGUUACUGAUUUUUUUACCAGGUCGCUGGCUGCGUCACUGAGGUCCAGGUGGGAUGUUGUGGAGAAUGCCACCAAGAGUUUCCUGCAGGAGAUUGUGGACAUGAACGACCAAAUUGAAGAUGACAGCAAGAAAAACGAGAGACAGAUCAUGGGACUCAUAUUUACUAGAUCUACCAACCUAGGUCUGGAAUCAAGGUGA